GACGCAUACUGCAAACUUGAAGAUCGGGUGUACGUGGAGCUGUGUAGUAUUUUCAUCCUGCAAGGUUGAAUGUUAUUAAAUUUUGCGGGUUAGAACGGAGAUAAUUCUUGAAGUCAGUUCAUCUGAGCACUUUUUUGCGGUACCUUGGCAUUAUUGUAUUAUUCUACGCAACUGGAAAUUGGCUUAUGCUCACACGGAAAAGCCCAACAGCUGAACAUUGACGGAUCGGUGACACUGCCUCUCAGUUACAGGACUGUUAACGCAGAGAAGAUGUUGAAAGCUGUGAUCUUGAUUGGAGGCCCACAGAAAGGCACUCGGUUUCGGCCUCUGUCCUUUGAGGUUCCCAAGCCCCUGUUCCCAGUCGCUGGGGUUCCGAUGCUCCAACACCACAUCGAAGCUUGUGCGAAGGUACCAAAUAUGAAAGAGAUCCUACUUGUAGGUUUUUACCAACCAAAUGAAGAACUCACUCGAUUUCUGUCUUGUUCACAACAGGAAUUUAAAAUCCCUAUAAGGUAUCUCCAGGAGUACGCCGCGCUGGGCACUGGGGGGGGGAUCUACCACUUCAGAGACCAGAUUCUGUCGGGGGGUCCGGAGGCGUUCUUCGUCAUGAACGCGGACGUGUGCUCCGAGUUCCCGCUGCCUGAGAUGUUGCAAUUCCAGAAGGAACAUGGAGAUCCACACAGUUUUGUCAUUCUUGGUACCACUGCUAACAGAAAACAGUCCAUGAACUAUGGAUGCAUUGUGGAAAACCAACAAACUAACGAGGUGUUGCACUAUGUGGAAAAGCCAAGCACGUUUGUCAGUGAUAUUAUCAACUGUGGCAUUUACCUGUUCACACCGGAAAUCUUCCAGCACAUUGGAGCGGUCUUUCAGAAGAACCAGCAGGACCUGUUGCUGUAUCCUUAUGAGGGGGAGGAGCAGGUGAACGGGUGGCAGCGUGCUGAAGUUAUUCGCUUGGAACAGGACAUCUUUACUGCUUUGGCAGGGCAAGGAAAGCUUUAUGUGUACAAAACAGAUCGAUUCUGGAGCCAGAUCAAAUCUGCAGGAUCAGCCAUCUACGCCAGCCGUUUGUACCUAAAUCAGUAUCACAGAACUCACCCUGAAAGACUUGCUUCUAAUAAAGAAGGAGGGCCCAAGAUAAGUGGCAACGUGUACAUUCAUCCAACUGCCAACAUCGACUCCACUGCUGUGUUGGGUCCCAACGUCUCCAUCGGCACUGGAGUGACAAUAGGAGCUGGAGUUCGAGUGCGAGAGUCCAUCAUUCUUCAUGGUGCCAUUCUGCAGGAUCACAGCUGUGUCCUCAACAGCAUUGUUGGAUGGGACAGUACGAUCGGCCGGUGGGCACGGGUUGAGGGCACACCAAGUGACCCCAACCCCAAUGACCCUUAUGCUAAAAUAGACAGUGAGACGCUUUUCAGGGAUGGAAAACUUACACCUUCAAUAACAAUUCUGGGCUGUAACGUGACCAUCCCGUCAGAAGUGAUUAUUCUCAACUCCAUCGUUCUCCCCCACAAGGAUCUGAACAGGAGUUUUAAAAACCAGAUUAUAUUGUAGUUCUAAUGCAAGAUUGCCAAUAGGUGUUUCUAUACACUAGAAAAAAAUGCACAUAUAACAUUGCCUUUUUACUGUAUUUAAGAAAUAAAUGUGAUGUUGUUGAGUUGGUUAGAAA